UUGGACAUGGUUAUUUCCUCUUAAAGGUACUAGCAACAAACAUGAUAGGAAACCAAACCACUGUGUCAGAGUUCCUCCUCCUGGGCCUGCCCAUCCAGCCACAGCACAAAAACCUCUUCUACGUCCUGUUCCUGGCCAUGUACCUGACCACAGUCAUAGGGAACCUCCUCAUCAUCAUCCUCAUUCGACUGGACUCCCAUCUCCACACGCCCAUGUAUUUGUUUCUCAGCAACUUGUCCUUCUCUGACCUCUGCUUCUCCUCUGUCACAAUGCCCAAAUUGCUGCAGAUCAUGCAGAGCCAAGUCCCAUCCAUCCCCUAUGCAGGAUGCCUGGCCCAAAUAUACUUCUUCCUGUUUUUUGGAGACCUGGAGAACUUUCUCCUUGUGGCCAUGGCCUACGACCGCUAUGUGGCCAUCUGUUUCCCCCUGCACUACACCAGCAUCAUGAGCCCCAAGCUCUGCUUCUGCCUGGUGGCACUGUCCUGGGUGCUGACCACAUUCCAUGCCCUACUGCACACCCUGCUCAUGGCCAGGCUGUCUUUCUGUGCAGAUAAUGUGAUCCCCCACUUUUUCUGUGAUAUGUCUGCUCUUCUGAAGUUGGCCUGCUCUGAUACCCAUGUCAAUGAAUUGGUGAUAUUUGUCAUGGGAAGCACAUUUCUUGUCAUCCCCUUCCUACUCAUCACAAUGUCCUAUGUAAGGAUUGUGUCUUCCAUUAUCAAGGUUCCUUCUGCACGGGGCAUCCAUAAGGCCUUCUUCACCUGUGGCUCCCACCUGUCUGUGGUGUCAUUGUUCUAUGGGACAGUUAUUGGUCUCUACCUAAUCCCGUCAGCCAAUAAUUCUACUGUGAAAGAGACUGUCAUGGCUAUGAUGUACACUGUGGUGACUCCCAUGCUGAACCCCUUCAUCUACAGCCUGAGGAACCAAGACAUAAAGGGAGCCCUGGGAAGAAUUGACUGUGGAAAGAAGACUCUCUUCUCUCUAGGAUGGUAACAAGUAUUUUUACACAAUUUUAUCCUUUACGUAUACUUAAUUGAUGCUGAAAUAUUAUUCCAAGUUUUUACUGUACCAAGGAACCUCUGUUAAAAUGGUGUACUACAAUAUGCCUGUCCUGUAGUUCAAAAGAGAGUCUGACCUUGGAGACAUGGCCAUACUUCCUCUGACCUCCCCAGAUGACCUUGGAGAGGCAUAGUUUAAGAACCACUACUUUAAAUAACUCCAUGAAUACAUAUAUAAACAAUAAAAUGAUUACUAGUCUAUGUUUAGAUUGAGGGUUUUUUUAACUUCCACGUAAGAGAGGUUGGGUUAGGGGUUUUUCAAAUCAAGAGUAAGAAGGCACAAGCUACUAGUGCUACACAGCAUAGUGGGGGUGCCUACAUAGUUCACAAUAACAUUUUCAUGCCUUUUUAGUAAACAGAAGACAGGAGCUCCAAGGCUCUAAUCAUAAAGUAAAGACAGGAAAAAUUAUUUGUCCUGAUUUUACUACUAUGCGUUGUAUACAUGCAUUUAAAUAUCACACUGUACAUAUCACACCAUAAAUAUGUCUAACUGUCGUUAACCAAAAUUUUAAAGAAUGGUUAAGUUUCAAAUGCUUGAAAAGACAUGCUUUAUUAUAUUAUCUGGAAUUAUGUUUUGAAUAUUGCAUUUUAAAUAGUCCUCUGUAAUCUUAUAGUGCUUGUAAUCAAUACUAAAUAAUAUCCAAACAUCUGAACCUCCAGCCUUCCUUCAAUGUCUCCUAUAUAUAUCCUUCUUCAAAAGUGCUCACAUCAUUUUAUCUCUUAACUUUCCCCCCAUUUUGAUUUAUUUUCAUGUCUACAUAGUCUUUUUUGAUCCAGCCUGACCUUUAGUUGAUCUAACCCUUUGACACAGUGAUGUAUUUUGUGUCUACUUGUCAAUUAACUAAUACUCAGGGGCCUUGGAAUUUUUGCUUCCCCAGGA